AUGGUCGCUGCUCGCGGUACCCUCGAGGUCAUUUUUCCUACAUCAGAACGCGAAAUCUCCCUGAGGCUCUCCGACUCUAUAAAAUUUUGGCCCUCAACUCUGAGGAACUCGACAAGAUUGUCGAGAGCGGGUGAUGAACGACCUCCCUAUUCAAACCUGGUGUGCGUUCUCGAGUCUCCGCCUCCGACAACUCAAAAUCCGACGCCUUCUACCCGAAUUCAAGUCGAACGGACUUUCUCCAGUAGACACGCUCUGAAGCGCUAUCACUGUGCUUUGUCCAGUCAAACCGGCCAACGCCAGCCAUUUCAGGCCAUUUGGGGCGGCGGCGGAGAGUCUCUUGAUGGGCCUACAGAUAAACAAGAUGACCAUGCACCGUCAGGAGAAAUCUCGAGAGCAGAUUCACCGGGAGACAUGGCUAUCGAUUCGGAUGAUGAAGCCAAUAGCGCCACUCGCUUCGAGUCUGAGAAGCAUCUGUGGAUUGGAACUGGGAAAGUCUGGUCGGCCAUUCUGCCAGAUUGGGUCAAGGACGCAUGUCACCGGGCACAGGGAAUGCCCUGCGGUAUCAUGACUGGCUUGUUGCCAAGUCCGGAGUCCAACAUCAUUCGCGCCCUGCGAUCAGCUACUCAUGUUCGACGGAGCUCAGGAUCCAGGCAGGCCAUGUAUUCUGCCGAUGCCCCCACUGCGCAUUCCUUGGACAAAUUACACCUCGAUCAGCUCAUUCGAGCCCUGCCAUGUCUUCCCCACCUGCGACAGACCAUCAACUCGGCAUGGCUUUUGGGCAUGCAGUCGGUCCAAAUGGAGCCACUUCCUCACUCAUACCCAUUGUGGAUUAUCCAAGUUCUGUCUAAUGUUCAUACAUUUCUGGACCGAAGGAACCAAUGGCAAGGCGCUGUCGAAUGGGUGCAAUCCUGCCAGAUCAAUCCCCGAACUCAAGACAACGCAGAGACAUGUAUGGAUAUCAUCGAGUCUUUACCAUGGGAUUCCGCGGUUCCAGGUUUCGGUUCAGAGGCCUAUCUGACCACCCAAGAUCUCGCGCUUCUUUUGGGUGACGGAUGGCUAAAUGACGAUUUGAUUAACGCAGGGGUGGAAUCCAUACGACGUUGUCUUCCUGUGGACAGUCGGGUAGCAUUUGCAAAUUGUCUCCUCGUCCAAGCGUUGGCUGGGGCUUGUGCAAGCAGUUCGGGCUACCACGCUCAUUCACUCUUGGAUCGUCAAAUUGAGAACGGAUUGGUUGAUGUUGUUUGGUUCCCUUUGCACGUUUCAGGAAAUCAUUGGACACUUCUCCGUAUUGACCUCAAUGCACGAACUCUUGAACUAGGCGACUCUCUUCACCAAGGCUCUCGAAACAAAGACAGCACCCCAGAUGAGGUCGGAGUCAUUCACUGGUGGCUGCGUUUGCUGCGUCCGGGCCCGGAGUUUACUGUCGUGCAAUCCUUCUUCACGCGCAACUUUCCUCAUCAAGACGAUACACAUUCGUGUGGCGUGGUUGUCCUGAGCACCCUCCGCCAUACACUUCUGGGAGAUGACACUUGGACAUGGCAGGAUGCGGAUUUGCAUCGUUUGCGUUGGUUUGAGCGGUUGACAGAGACUUUUGCACCUCAGUUACCACCGCCAUCACGCGGUUCUCCCCCCGCGGGGUACCUACUGGGUACCCUCAGACGUCUUGCUGAGGGUACCCAGUAG